UGUCUUUGGUGAAAUAUGGCUAGCAAUGCCUCUCUUGAACAGGACCAAAAUCACUGCUCAGCCAUCAACAACAGCAUGCCCCUGAUACAGGGAAAGCUCCCCACUCUAACCUUAUCUGGAAAGAUCCGGGUGAUUGUGACAUUCUUCCUUUUUCUACUCUCUACUGCCUUUAAUGCUUCUUUCCUGUUGAAGCUGCAAAAGUGGACUCAGAAGAAGGAGAGAGGGAGAAAACUCUCAAGGAUGAAGAUACUUUUAAAGCACUUGACCCUAGCCAACCUGUUGGAGACGCUGAUUGUCAUGCCACUGGAUGGAAUGUGGAAUGUUACAGUCCAGUGGUAUGCUGGGGAGCUGCUUUGCAAAGUUCUCAGCUAUCUGAAGCUCUUCUCUAUGUAUGCCCCAGCUUUCAUGAUGGUGGUGAUUAGCCUGGACCGCUCCUUGGCCAUCACUCAUCCCCUCGCUGUGCAAAACAACAGCAAGCUUGAACAGUCCAUGAUCGGCCUGGCUUGGAUUCUCAGCGUUGUCUUGGCAGGACCACAGUUAUAUAUCUUCAGAAUGAUCUACCUUGCAGACAGCUCUGGGCAAGCAGAAGUUUUCUCUCAAUGUGUGACACACUGCAGUUUUCUACAAUGGUGGCAUCAAGCCUUUUACAACCUUUUCACCUUCAGCUGCCUCUUCAUUUUCCCUCUUCUCAUCAUGCUAAUCUGCAAUGCCAAAAUUAUCUUCACCCUCACGCGAGUCCUUCAUCAAGAUCCGCGCAAACUACAGCUGAAUCAAUCCAAGAACAAUAUCCCAAGGGCACGGCUGAGAACUCUAAAGAUGACAGUUGCAUUUGCCACAUCGUUUAUUGUCUGCUGGACUCCCUACUAUGUCCUAGGGAUUUGGUACUGGUUUGACCCUGAAAUGUUAAACAGGGUGUCAGAGCCAGUUAAUCACUUCUUCUUUCUCUUUGCUUUUCUGAACCCAUGCUUUGACCCACUUAUAUAUGGAUAUUUCUCUUUGUAA